UAUUGACUAUGCACAUGAAAAAAAGGUAUCCAGUUCAUCAUCAUCAUCAUGUGAAUGUAAUGCCAGUCAAUUAGAGAAAAUGGCUGGUGACGGACAAGAAUGGGAAGAAGUAAUCAUCCUUCAGAACCAGGAUGGAGAACCGAUUGCGAAGAAAAGAAUGGAUGUGAACGGAGAACAGGGUAGGAAAUCUGAAUCAGACGUGAAUGGAUCCAGAGACGCUGGGAGUGGUGCACUGGACAGGGACGUCCUGAGUCACCUGUCGAUCAUGUCGAUGAAGGCGGGUCUUUCUUUCUCACCACACAGUGACUGGACGAAGGUCUGCAAAGAAAGGACAAGUCAGAGGUCGAGAGACGAUGAUGAAGAGGAGGAUGAAGAGGAGGAAGACGAUAAUCCAUUGAAUGUUGUCCCUGCUGAUGGAUUGACCGUCCUGGAUAUUCUCCCUUGGGAAGAUGUUUUAGUCUCCAGAAUUCUGCCCUUCAUGAGCCUCACAGACUUGUUUCAGUUGCGACAGGUGUCCUGCGGUUGCCGAGAUGCUGUAGCGAUAUUCUUUGCCUCCAAUCAUCACCUUGACCUGUCUGCUGUAGGACCUGAAUUCACCCAGGAUGCCUUUCGCGUUGUAUCUGCUGAGGCAAAGAACCUCACCACGCUGAACGUUGCCAAUUGCAAGAAGUGGAUCACUGACGAUCUAAUCCUGCCCGUCAUCGAAGCGAAUAGAAACCUGCGGGAUAUCAGCAUCUCUGAGAACUCGAGUCUGUCGACCAACGUGGUGCGGAGGAUAGCCACCAGGUGUCCAGACCUGUGCAGCCUGUCCCUUGCAGAGUGUCAACAGGUGACGUCGACAUCUGUUGAGUGUGUCGGGAUGAACUGUGACCAGCUGGAGCACCUGGACCUCAGGGGAUGCUGGGCUAUGGACGAUGAUACUCUCAGUCUGGUCCUGCAGCUACACCCACAGCUGAAGUGGUUGUCUGUAGCCAGAGCGUAUGGUGUUACAGAUCUUCUUGUGGAUCAGAUAUGUACGUACUGUCCAAACAUUGAGUACUUGGAUGUUGAAGGGUGCUGGAGAAUCACAGAUGCUGCAAUUCGCCAAUUAUGGAACUUGGAGAGCCUGAAAACUUUAAAAGUUAAAGACUGUCGCUAUAUUACAGAGAGAAGUCUCGCGAGGUUCCGCGCCAAAGGGGUUCAGAUUGAUGUAUUGCUUCCAGAAGAGAGCGAUCUCGCCAAGUUAGAGCGCCAUCUACGGGCUAGGGAGUUUGGACGAGCAAGGAGUAUACCACCCAACUUUGCGUUAUGAUGUCAUCAUGCAUUGUAUUUCAGUCUACAUACGAAUGUACAUGUACUGUAUGUGCCACAGUUAAUUUAACAUAUUUAAAACAAGAACAAAACCCCAAGAACAUGGCAUUUUUAAAAUAAAAACUGUUAUUUCUUUUAUUUUCUUCAAUAGUAAUUUUGUACUAUGCACAAAUGAAUUGAUAUGAAAAAAGUGUCCUCAAUAGGUUUCAUAAGUUUAAAGUACAGUACAGGAUAGUGAAUUUAUAUGUACAUUGCACAUGUACAUGUAUAAGGAAGCAGAGUUGAGAGUUGGUAUUCAGGGUUGGUUUGAAAUAAUGCAUGUCAUUGCAUGAUGCACUGGCAAGUUCUCAAAUUCUCAUUCCCAUCUGUUAUCAAAUAUCAACUACUACAGAACAGUAUAUAUCAGUUCAAUUUGUUGUGUUUUUGUAGGGGAUGGGGGGGGGGGGGUCUUUGGUUUGUCACUUAACAAUAUUUUCUAGUUUAAAAGCGACUUUACAUUCCAGCAGUAUGUUUUCAAAAUUUAGUUGGUUCUGGUUUGAAUCUACAUCUAGCACAUCCAAUAAGACAAUUCCACACAUAUAUAUAUACAUAUACAUAGGAAAGUAUGUAUUUGAGUAUGAACAUGUAUACCAGAAAUGUUUGUUUUGCACAGUGCCUUGUUAAAUUUUAAAUAUUUGGUAUUUGUUUUAUAGUAACACAGUUGGAGAGACAAAAACAUGUAGAGGUGUUGUGGUCUGGUUGACAAGUCUUCAGAUAGUGCACCAGUGUGAAUCCCUGUCGCAGCACUAACGUCCUUUGGCAAGACAUUAAUCCUACAUUUGCCACACUCGACCCGGGUGGAGUGAGUGAGUGCCUGGUAGGAUUCAUAUUUCAUUCCUUGAAUACACUGAGCACUACGGUUGCCGGAGCUAAAGCCAGGGUAAUAAUAUCCAAAGUCCUGUAGAUGCUCAUUAGAGAUUUUUUAUAUGCACUAUACAAGAACAGCAUAUUAUCAUGUAACAAAACUGUCAUAAGAAGCAAGUAUUCCGAUUAUAUAUGUAACAUGUAAUGUAGAUAUCCGGGAAGGGGAAAGUAAUUUAUUUGUACCAGAUUAAACUGAUCAUUUGGCCUUUGGUCUCUGAAACACAUGUAAGACAAGAUUUUGCAAGCGUAGCUGAAGACAUAUUGAAUAUUUUCCAAACCCUUUAAAUGACAUUAAUACAUUUCCAGUUUUACUUGGCCCUUAUCUAGCUUUCAUACUUUUUCUACCAGAAUUGUUUUAGUAAACAUUAUUUAUUCUUGAUCAUUAAGUGUACCGGUAUGUUUCAUUUGAUUAUGUGGUACUAUAAUUUCUGACAUUACUAGAACAUAAUAUUUGAUUUAGUGCAAGCUAAUCUUUGACACAGAGAUAAUCUAUUGAUUAAAAUUUGUAAUUUAACACCAUAAUAUGGAAGCUGUAAUCCAAUAUUAAGUGAGUUAAUGUGGAAAUACGUAUUGGUAUAAAGUAAAAUGAUAACUCAUGUGAACUGUGAAAAGUGUACAACAUAUAUAAUUUCAAUUUCCAAUAUUCAAUGUUGUGAUAUUUGAAACUCCAUUGAUAAUUUGCCAACAAACUCCUGGGUUUUAUAGGAAGUUGUAUUUAAUGUUCCCAUAUUGUAACAGGAGAUACUCCAUGAUCUUUGAAAAGUUUAAUUUAAGAUAUUAUUUCAACAUCCAAUAUUUCAUGUUGUGAUCUUGGAUGCUGCAAUUGAUCAUCUAUUAAUUAUAAUUUGCCACCAAACACCGGGUUUGUAUCAAUUAUGUGUUCCUAGAUUUAAUGUAACAUAUAUUUGUCAUGAAUUAAGAAAAGUUAAUGUGGAAGAUAUUAUUUCAAUAUCCCAUAUUAAAUGUUAUUUGAUACUAAUAAUCUACAAUAUUAAUGCUAAUUUGCAACCAAACUCCUGGUAUUUAUCGGAAGUUGUAAUUCUGCACUCCUUAAUCCUAGAUUCAAUGUAAAACAAUAUCUGAUGAACUUUUUAAAAUGUAUUAAAGAUAUCAUGUAUCAAUAUCAAAUAUUUAAUGUUAAAGGUGAUAUUCAACACUCCAGUAAUUUAUUGAUUAUAAAAAUUUGCCACCAAACACCAGUUUUGUAUUGUUAGUUCUUAGAUGUUAUGUAACAGGAGAGUUUUCAUGCACAUUGAAAAGUUUAUUUAAAAGAAAGCUUUUCAAUAUGAAUAUUGAAUGUGAAGUGAUAUCAGAAACUCAAGGAAAUUUUUAAACUGCAAUUUCUUUCAUCUUGUACCAGAUUUACAUGUAUAUGGGGAAGUUGUAAUCACAUGUUCCUAUGUUCAUGACCAACAGAUAUCAAUACAUUUAAUGAAAGAUCAAUAUCUGGACUUAUUACACGAGAUUGAGUAUUAACAUAAUUUGGUUCUAUGAAUAGAAAAGGGAGACCGAAAAUACAUCUCUACCAAGAUUUCCUUCAAGACUUUGUGUGUGAGUGAACUUCAAGUUUAACCAUACUCAGAAUCAAAGGAAAUAGUCAUCUGGAAAUAGUUUUGAUGUAAGAUAUUUAUAAUCAGUUUUAUUUUACUCUUUCUGAAAGAUAUAAAUAGACAGAUUUAUAUAUACAGGUAUAUAUAGUCACAAACAAUCAAGAACAGAAUUGAACAAACAUACAAUUUGAGAAGGAUGAUCAACAAUUAUAGUAUUUUCUUGUUUCACACAGCAACAUGUACACAUAAUAUAUCUUCAACAUCUUGCAUAUUUCACAACAUUAAACUUUUGAAUAUUAAAAUAUUAUAUAU